CUGUAUAGUAACUAGUAACUAAAGUAAUCAGAUAAAAGUAGUGAAGUAGCAGAAAAUAAAAACUCAAGUAAAAGUGAAAGAUAAAGCUACUGAGUAAAUGUACUUAGUUACUUUCCUUCACCCCCCGCGGGACCUGUUGAUGUUGAUUAUGAUUAUUGACGCAUUAAUGUGUUCAUUACUUUAAUGUUGCAGCUUAACGACGUCACCACUGACUAUUUACAAACAUCUGUAACAACACAUCACCAAUUAGUGUGUGUAUGUGUGUGUGUGUGUGUCUGUGUCUGGGGGUCGUGACGGAGGAGGAGGCGCCGGAAAACACGACUCCCGCGGGGGUCUGCCCCCCGCGUCUGGCUUUAAUGGGCGUGUCGUAAUUAAUGGGGUCUCCAUGGAAACGACGCCUCACGACCCGCGGCCCAGUAUAAAGCGGCGGCGGGACGCGCAGAGGACACUGCAGCUGCGGACCGUCCACUUGUCUGCUGCCCCGGAGCCGCUGAACCGAACCAGGACAGUCCUGCACGAGACAUCAUGCACCCGAACACCUCCAACAGGGAUCCAGAUCGAUGCAUCGUGAUGUCACACACAUCAGCUCCAUGUGACGGUUCUCGUCCCUGUGGCGUCCGUCGGAUCUCCACCAAUGGCAGGGAGCGCUGGCGGCAGCAGAACGUUAAUGGAGCGUUCACUGAGCUGCGGCGUCUCAUCCCCACACACCCCCCCGACAGGAAGCUCAGCAAGAAUGAGAUCCUGCGCCUGGCACUCAGGUACAUCAACUUCCUGGACCAGCUGGUGAUGGACCAGGACCUCAUGGUGGCCCCCCGAAGCCAAUCGGGGAGCUUGGAGCAGGAAAACGGGCUGUCACCAAACUCCAGCUGUGAGAGUUCCCUGGACGGAGAAGGUCUGAUGGAGGAGCAGCACCUCCACCUGCCAACCUGCUACAGCUGAGCAGAGACCAGCAGGACGAGUCCAUCCAGGCUGAUCCAGCAGAAACCAGGACAAGUAAAACUUGAAACAACGUCUGUUGUUGUUGAGCGGUAUGGUCCUUUACAGACCACAUGUUGUAGUGUUGAACUGUGACUCAGUGAGAAACAGAGGAGCUCUUGUGAUAUUCACAUGAUCAGGUGUUAUUAAUGAACUCUUGUUUACCUGCUUUCAUAUGAAGCAGGUGUGUGUGUUUAUAUUCUGUCAGAGAAGAAGAAGUUCUGCUGUGUCAGCAGAAGAAUCAGUGACCAGAUCCAGUUUCUUUCAUUUAAAGGAACUUUUGGUGCUUUAAUGAUUUUAAUGCUUCUGUUAAAAUAUCUUCUUGUUGUCAUGUUUGGAAGAAACGUUCCUGUGAGGAUCAAUAAAAGUCAUUCAGCUUCU